UUGAUUUGUACAAUGGAAAACGAUCUAGUAACAAGAAAAAAAAAAAGUUAGAUUGUCCAAAUUAAAAAAACAUAAAGGACAUAUAGAAGCGAUACACAAAUGGCGUUAAAUGAAUUAGGUUGUCAGACGUUACCUAUGUCGCGUGAAGAUUUUGAAGAAAAAAAAUUAGAGUUGUUGACAAAUUUGAAAUUAAAUAUGGUUGAAAUUGACGAAUUACAGCGUCGAACAGUUGAACAGGCGAAUUGUGUGAAAUGGAAAAAAGAGAGGUCCAAAAGGUUAACUGCGUCCAAUUUUGGGAAAAUUUGUAAAUUACGAAAAACCACUUCCAGGAAAAAUAGUGUAAUCUCAGUUUUAUACCAAUCAGAAUAUUUUCAUGGUACUGCUGCUACAAGAUAUGGGAUUCAAUUUGAAUCUAUUGCAAAGAACGAAUUUGAGAAGCUAUUCGGAUACAAAGUAGCCCCAGCUGGAUUGUUUGUUGACCCUCAUCUGCCAUUUUUGGCAGCAACACCAGAUGGGCUUAUUGAGGAUGAUUCAAUAAUAGAGAUAAAAUGUCCAUUUUCUAUAAAAAAUUUUACUCCCCAAGAUGCACACAAAGCAAAAAAGUUAAAGUUUAUGGAUAUGCAAUCGGGUAAACUAUUUUUAAAAAAAAACCAUUCUUACUACUACCAAGUACAAGGGCAGUUGCAUAUAACAAACAGAAAAUAUUGCUACUUUGUUGUAUGGACACCAAAAGAGAUUUGUGUACAUAAAAUUGAACGUGAUGAUGAUAUCUGGAAUAAUAAGAUGGAGAUGACGUUGUCAGAAUUCUACCUGGACCAUAUGUUGCCAGAAAUAUGUAAUCCACAAUAUUUAAAAACAUAACAAACUUACGACGUUCCUACUCAUUUUUUAAUCUUUUAUA